GGAAAAUAUUACGUCAUCCUAUCACGUGACUCGCUAAGGUGAAUCAUGGGUGUGAAAGGUCUUUCUUAUUUUGUAGAUAAUGACUGUUCAGAGGUAUGCAAAAGGAUCUAUAUUCCUGAAUUAGCAUCCAGAUAUUCAGUUGGAGGUACACCUGUAUUAGUAGUGGAUGGAAUGUCUUUAAUUAAUAAAAUGAUCCAGAAAGACUCAAAUUGGGUUUAUGGUGGACAAUGGAUGGAAUAUAUCGAGAAUAUAAAGGCAUUUGUGAAUAAAUUCCAACAGUUUGGUAUAGAAUUAGUGUUUUUUUACGAUGGUUCGGUUUGCAAAUCAAAAAGGACUGAAUGGGUUAGCAGAAGAAAGAAGCAUCUUUCAGAAACGGAUGGUGUGUUUUAUUAUAUCAAAUCUACAAAACGUCAUCCUCCGGAAACAAUGUUUCUUUUGCCUACGGGAAUGGGUUCAUUAACGCGCUGUAUUCUGAAAUACGAAUUUCAUUGUGAAAUUCGGACUACCAUCGGUGAAGCGGAUCAAGAAAUCGCCGAUUAUGCCAAUAGAAAUUCUAACUGUUUCGCUAUUCUUAGUCAGGAUAGUGAUUUUAUAAUAUACAACACAAAGCCGUAUUUGUCCAUUAAUCAUUUGAAUAUGGAUACAUUGAUUACUGUUAUGUACGAUCGGCAUCAAAUGGCAAGAGAGAUUAACCUCGAUGUUUCACUUUUUCCACUAUUAUCAUGUUUAUUAGGCAACGAUAUUAUCCAAGCAGAUGGUCUUAGAAACUUUCAUAAAUCUCUGUGUGGAUUGCCUUAUAGAAAUCCAAGAAUCUCAGAAUUAGUGCCCAGAACUGUGGAAUUAAUUCGUAGGAAUCGGUGGACUGGACAAGAAAUUGAACAUAUCGCCUCAGUUACGAAUAUUGAUGUGAAAUCAUUGAUCCAAGGAAUCUCUGUAUAUUCCCUCUGUAACGAUGUUCACAACUUACCUUACGAACAUACAGACACAUUAGCUAUAGCUCGAAAAAUAACAGUUAACGGGGAAGGACCUCCCGUUAUUUAUACAUUGAUGUGUAGACAAGAAUAUGAAUCUUCCGAACUUUUAGAAGACAGAAAUAAUACUUUAAUAAAACCUUCAGCUCUCGUUUACAGGGAAGUAAGGAAAAGAUUAUAUUUUAUACUUUUUGAAAAUAAAAGUGUAACUGUAAAGGAGUGGUGCGCUUAUCACGGCAAUCCUAUGGAAAAGCCCGAGUACGUAGUACCCGAAGAACUAGAUUAUCAAGGUCCAAAACUAAAUCUCUCAGUAUUAUGGUCCAAUAAACCAGAGUUUUUCGAUCAUCAGUGGGAAUUAUUCAGAUCAUGCUUCGGAAUAAGUAUACCAUCUCCAGAGCUGAAAAAAAUGCCGGAAGAGUUUAUGACACUCUGUUGUGUCCUAAAUUUUUUAAUCUUACGCCCGCAUCUCAGCGGCAUCGAAGUUUGGGAGGUGAUAGCUUUUAUAUGUCAAGCCAUUUCUCCCUACGCCAGAAAUGCCGACGAAAUUAGGAAAAUUUAUGUGAAAGAAGUAGAUGCCAGGGCGGUACAACUGGCUGCACUUUUCAUGAGAGGAGUAAAUCACGUGGACUCGGUUGCUACCGUGUGUAUUGGAUUUUUUCCCCGUUAUUACAUCAUGCCCUGGCAUUUUUUUGAUGGAAAAUUAUUUCAUCAUUAUUAUCUCAUGGCUAAGAAUGGGGCUACUCUGAAAACACUGUGUGAAAAUCAGGCAAAAGUCUCGGAAUUACUUCAUUCACUCUACCGAGUAAUCAAGAUGGGAACUCCAUUUCCUCAGACACUCUCUGACCAAUGUUUGAGAUAAUUAAAACCACUAAAGAGAAGCCACACUUCUAAAGAAUGAUUCAUUUU